AUUGUUGACAACUCACGUGCCACAAGCCACUUCACGCGAGUAGGAGGAGCUAUUUGCAAUACUGGUGGCUUCUUGUUUGCAGCUGGUCUGCAGCCGUUCGAAAAUACAAAACAAAGUGUUAGGCUACCGAUGGCAGAGAGCUCAGAGGAUCUGGAGAAACGAUGGCUCGCUCAGGCAACAUACCUUAGCGACUUUGCUCUAAUCAAUGCAAUCUACACCUCACCAGAGUGCAGCACGUUCGUAGCUCGCUGUCUGCUGCGCAACUUUCCCUGGCCCGAAAGAACAUAUCUGUUGAAGCUAGAAGCUGCAGGAUCCCAGGUACGAAACGAGGCCAAUCUGAGCGUGUUGCAGGAGGAGGCAAGCAUAUUUGUGGAUCUCGACACCGCACGCACUGCGAAGCUGCUAGCCCAAUUCGAGGACACAGUGGGGCAUUUCCUGAUGCCACACAGCGAAUGCAGUGGGCACAUUCGUACUGUCUGCUACGUCUGGCAGCAUCAUCUCUCAGUGAAAAGCAUUCGCUCACGCCUUCCAGUACCACUUCCCUGUUGCUUAGCAAUCAAAUGGACCAUUGAUACUCUAGAGGGUGUGAGUGCGUUGACGGGUAAAGGCGUACUGAACUUAUCUCUCAAGACAGAGAACGUUGGUGUCGACAGGAAUUGUCGACUGGUGAUCAGUCCGGCUGCCGUCGAAGAACGCCUGUUCUUGCAGCAUCGUGGGGAUCGGAUGGAUUUUGUUACGUCAGAGAACGAAGAAGCAGCAGCGCUUAACAGAAAGGUCAACCGUGCUGUAGCCGUAUUUUGCUCACAACUUAUAUGGGGCCACCGUCCAACCGUUGAGGGACGCGAAAAUAUGGCUGAUCGGAGGAGAAGAGGUCGUACAAGUCGAGACUUGGACCAGGAAUUGCUACUACCAUGGGAAUAUCCCACAGGUUUUUCAGACGUGCUCGAGUUAUUGAUGAGCUGUACGAGCACGAAAAGCAUCACGCUGGAAGAAGCUUUAGUCAAAUUACGCUCGUUAGAGGAGACCCUGGAGAGAAACGGCGGGGUGGUAACUCUCCGUGGUGCGGAUGUUCGCCAGCUGACGGCAUUGCUAACUUCGGCUACCCAGAACCAAAUUGGAGCUUUGAGACGUCGUGAGCGGCAAUUGACAGAUGAAAGAGAUGCCGCAAUCAAGUCUUUAGAGGAGGAAACGAGCAAACAGAAGGAUCUUGUUGAUGAGAUUGAAUUGUUGGCAAAAGAGAAACAUGCUAUUUCAAAUGAAAAGGAAGAGAUGGGUAGGAAACUGAAGAAGUUGAAGCACAGAAGAAAUGUGUAUGCCAAGAAAUUUCGUGAAGCUGCUUCUGGAAAGCCUGAAAAAGUCGAUUUGUCUAGAGACAAACAGGCGAAACGACACAGUAGAAAUCUUGAAAAAUGUGAGGAAUUGCUAGUGAAACAUGAUCUUGCUUUACAAGAACUGCAACGACUAGCAGAUGAACAUGUCAAAGAAGAUAAUUGUCUCAUAGCUGAGGAACAUGUCACUGAUCCGUCUGGUGUUGAUUCUGAGACUAGUGGUGAUAGUGCAUUGCCUACAUCAGUAGGUGAUUACGCUGGUCAAACUCAGAGUGAACAUUUGAAGGGUUUGGUGACAUUCUCAGAUGAUCUUGGUGAUUGUGACAGUUCAGUUUCAGAUAGAAGAUGUCAUCUUUCCAAUGCUGAGUUUGGGGUUUUUAGGGCUUUGCGAAAUUAUCAGAGCUUUAUGACUGAUAGGUUUGCUGUGACUGGUGGACAAGAUCCGGAUAGGGAAUCUGUUAUCUUGAACAAAACAGAAACUGCAAGUUGUGAUGCUCUGCCUGUGCAACGGCUGCAAAAGAAAAAACAUCAAAUACGAGAAAGCAUUCUUCCUCUUGGAUUUCCCACUGGUUGGUGGAAGAAUGACAUCUAUGGUCAAACGGUUGUCACAGCCCAUGAGUUAGACAGUCAGAAAUUAUUGGAAUUGUGUGUAGAGUUGAUGGAUGCUUCAUGUACUAUCCAGCAAUUAGAAGUUGGGUGGACAGAUUUAAGGGAGGAUGGUUGCAUACAUUUGGCACAGGCUUUGAAGAAGAACGCAUCUCUGAUAGGCAUAAGCUUGCACCAUUGUGAAAUCAACCCUGAAGGGGCUGCAGUCCUAUCAGCAGCAUUGGAUCGAUGUCUCUGUUUAAGAACUCUGAGGCUUAACUGGAACAAUGUUGGAAAUGAGGGUGUCACUCACUUUGUUCCACUUCUAAAGAGGAAUAAUCAAGUGACCAAUUUAGAGCUCUGUUGGAAUAACAUAGAUAGUCAAGGUGCUGAGUGUUUAGCAGCUGCUCUAACAGGAAACUGUUCUCUGACCAGUCUAGAUCUUUCUAACAACCAUAUUGGACCAGAAGGUGCAUGCAGGAUAGCAGAAGCUUUGCGGCAAAACAGCAGCUUAAUUGAAUUAAGUUUGAAAGGCAAUGGAAUUGGAGGUGAGGGAGCCAGAGCUAUUCUUCGAGCUGUGAGACAACAGCAGCAUCUUCAGUGCAUCAAUCUCAGUUACAAUGGCUUUGGAGAUGGAACAGCUAGUGUUCUUGCCAAUGUUCUUUUGGAUAACAAAUGUGGCCUUACUGAGAUUGAUAUAUCAGGAAACGAAAUUGAAAGUCCAGGUGUUUGCCAGCUUGCAUUGGGUUUGAAGGCCAACAAGACUCUCACCUAUCUGAGUUUGGCUGAAAACAACAUUGACGAUGCGGGUGGUAUUGAGCUUGCAGCUGUUCUGAGAGGAGGAUGUCAUCUCAAGGCUAUUGUCAUUAGUAGUAAUCAAUUAAGUGUGGAAGUUGCUGGAUUACUGAAAGACACCGAAAGGCAACAAAAUGUAACCAUCAAGCUUUGUGAGGAUCAGAGAGCCGAAUUCAGCGAUGACUGUGUUGUGUAAUGAUCACUCCAGGUGACAGAACAGUUGCAGGUUUUACCUGAUGUAGCAAUUUAUUAAUUAUGGAAUUCUAUUUGAAGUUGUGUGGUGUUAUGAUCUGUAUAUUCUCGUGAUGGUGUAGUAUCUCUAAUAGACUAACGUGUAUAGGUAAAUCUGUCAGAUGAAUUAACUUUUUUUGUUAAAAUAAAGAUAAAGCUUAUGUAGGUUUUGCUACUGUAAGUGUGCGUUUGAGUUAUGAAUCAAGUUUAGAGUAUGUUUUCUAGAGUGACUUUGUUAGGCUUAUUGCAU